AUGAAUGAAUCCUCGAAUAAAAUAUGUCAUCAAGAAGACAAGACUUUAGGGUCGAUCCAAUUAUUGUCAGAUAAGAUAUUAUGUCAAUUAUUUGAAGUAAGUCAGUUACAUGAAGGUUUAGAAAAAUUAAGCUUUGUGUUGUAUGUGUCGGUGGAUUCGGUCGAAGCUGUCGAACGAAUUAUGGGUCACUGGGGGCUACUUUGGGUUACUGAGGGAUCAUACUGUUGCCGUGUUCAACACAUUGUACUUAGUGAUUCAAUUCUUGAUUUGGGCAGGCUGGUAACUGAAUGGGUAUCCGCAGUUUGCUUCGACGGUGGUCAAUCGGUGCUUCGUGUUAACAAUCCAAAAGCUCUACCUCCUAUUAAUGUGUUUCAAUUUGGGCAUGGAGAUUGUAUCGAAGCUAUGGUCGACGACCCUGACAGCAAAGGUAUAGACUAUCAUAGUCCAGAAUUAACAAUAGUUAACGUUGAAAGAUUUAAGGCUAAGCGUGCACCUGAUAUUUAUUAUGGCUUUAACAUUGGUGAUGGAUACAAUAAGGAAAAGUUUCAAGUAGAGUCUAUGGGUGAUAGACUUCGUGUCUGCUAUUACGAACCUGGCAACGCUUCUCCCUGUCCUAAGUCAUGUGAUUCUGAGAUUCCUGAUCGUAUCCCAGCUCAAGAUCCAGUUGUUGUUACUUCAACAAUAGAAGAAGGUCCGACUGUCAUACUUACCAUUACAACAACUGAAGAGCAGUGGACUACCAUUACUUUCACCGUCGAACCUUCAGCUGAAUCUACGCUUGCGACCACUACUGUGACCACAGCUGAAACCACUAACCACAACUGA